AUGAGGCUGCUUUUCAAGGCAGCGGUUCUGUGCCUGACGCUGGGCUUAGGGCAAUGCACAGAAGAAGCAACACAGGUGAACACCGUCCACCGAGCUUCCCAGGCAGCGCCAUCCUAUUCAGACUGGGGCAUCGAGACCAUCCGGGACAGCUUUGAAACAGUUAACAGCUACUUUGACUCCUUCUUGGAACUGCUUGGGGGAAAAAAUGGAGUAUGCCAGUACAGGUGCCGAUACGGGAAGGCUCCAAUGCCGCGACCUCACUACAAACCACAGGAACCCAACGGCUGUAGCUCAAAUUUUCUGGGGCUCAAGGUACCUGAAACUCUAGAUUUGGGCAUCCCUGCCAUGACCAAGUGCUGUAACCAGCUGGACAUCUGUUACGACACCUGUGGGGCCAACAAAUACCGCUGCGAUGCAAAGUUCCGAUGGUGCCUCCACUCCAUUUGCUCCGACCUUAAGCGCAGCCUUGGGUUUGUCUCCAAGGUGGAAGCUUGUGAGUCUGUCGCAGACACAGUGUUCAAUGCCGUCUGGACCCUGGGCUGCCGGCCCUUCAUGAACAGUCAAAGGAGCGCCUGCAUUUGCAAUGAGGAGGAACGAGAUGAACUGUGA